GACAUAAUGGAGUAUACUGUUUCGCUCAUGAUACCCCCCAUGCGUUGCCAUUGCGUCAGGAUGAAGAGGCAGGUCAGUUAGCCCAUCGUGACGAAUAUACCUGGAACUGAGCACGGUGAUUACUAGAAGGAACCACGCUGUAUUUUUUUUUCAAGUGCAAUAUAAAAAAAAUAUAUAAAGUAAUCCCUUUAUUCGUAAAAACUAAAAUAUUCUACAAAUCUACUUCAUCUGUUACACUGUUUUGUUACUUUCUUUCAAAUUGGGAAUUUAGUGUACAAGAAAGAGACAAAACAGUUCGAUCUCUAUUUUACGAUAUUACUACUUUCUAUCACGUAUUGAUACUACAACAUACAACAUAUUUACAUAAAUGCAUCAAAAUCGAUUGAGCGUUUUUGGAGUUUUCUAUUGUUGGAUGAAAAUGGAAUGGUAACUCCGCCUGCGCUAACGGGAUACGCUGGCGGAGCACCAGUGAAGGGUGAUCGAUGAGAAUGAAAGCAGGCCAGUUAGCCCAUCAUGAAGAAUUCAUUAGGAAUUAACUACGAUAGUUUCCAGGGGGAAACGCGUGGAGGUCGACCUGGUUAGGUAUAUUGCUAGCAAUGGGAUUUAUAAUAUCCAUUACUAACAUUCCCUUUCUCCCCCGGUUUUGGAGAUUUACAUGAAUAAACAUUGUAACACGGGAUUUUUAUAUAUGAAAAAGAAAAGAAGUAAGAAAUUAUUUUCUGAAUUUUAACACGUUAUAUUGAACUUAUAUAUACUUAGAUAUAUUAAAACUCUAAUGAACAAAUAGUACAUUACUGCAGCGGCCAGCAACUGAGGCAUUGAUGGACGAACGUGCAAAUGUGAGCCGAGGUGUAGCCGAGGCACACAUACGUGUGUCCAUCAAUUAGUUACCUUCUUGGUAGCCAUGUUUCGAAAUAAAAGGUCAUUCCAUUUUCAAUUACAGGACAGAUAUGAGUUUACAUAGUAAUUUAUCUGGCCGUAAAACACGACAGAUAUGGAUUUUCAUACAACUUUUGCCAUCCGCUUCCCGCAUGCCUACAUGACCAGUACGGCAAUUUUGAUUUAUCUCUAAGAAGAUUGUCAAAAUAAUGCUCACGUUUCCAAGCAUGUUUGAGAAAACGUCUUUAUAAAAAUAAUAAUAAAAAAAAACUAUUUUUUUUUAUUUCUUCUUUGUUUUCAUCAGCCAUUACACCGGAGUGGCGUGAUGGCUUGACGUCAAUAUGUUAACAAAAUAGUAAUUUUACAUGCGCCCAAGGACAUUGAAUAAUUAAUAUUUACCGUAUGGAAUCCCCUGAAAUAUCAUACAUUUGUAUAUAGUAACUAUAUUUUUUUAAACUUCUAAAUAUAGUACCGAUAAUAAUGUUAGUAAUAUAAUAAAAUUGUGACUAGACGGUGUCUGUACAUGAGAGACAUUUAAGAAGUUAAGAUUUAAGUUUACCAGAGGGAGACUUUGUACAAAAGUCGAUUGCUUGGGUACCUCUGUCCUAUUCGUGUUUCAACCGUGAAGCAGUUGUGUUUGCAAGGCUGUGUUUUGGUUUGAAGGGUGGGAUAUGGCGUGAAUUUACUGGGUACAGAGGAAUAACAUCUGAGUUCUUAGGAAUGGCAACACAUGGGGAGUGUCUAUAGGCGACGGUUACCACUUUCCAUCAGGUGGGCUGUCAGCUUGUUUGCCAUUCUAAGUUGUAUAGAAAAAAAGAUGGCAUAUCUCAUUAUACUAGUACGAUAAUCAAUGAUUGUAUCACAGAAAAACCAACUUAAACUGGAAUAAAACCAUUUAUUUUGAUUUAUGGUAAAACUAAACUACUAAACCGAUUUUGAUAAAAUUUCUAUAAGAAUAAUCUGCAAGUAUACCCUUUCAGAUGAAAAAUAAUUUUUAAACACACAGUCGGGAUUUAACACGAUGAAAAAGCUUUUACAGCUAAAUAGUACUUACUUACCUGCUUCCUCACAGUUCUGCUAUGAGUACGUAAUCACGACGUGGUACAGUACAAUCCACGUCGAAACGUCAGCAAUAAUGAAGCAGGUGUGUACGUACUAUUUACCUGUAAAAGCUUUUUCAUAGCGUUAAGUCCUGUUUGUUUAUUUAAAAAUAUGUGUAAACAAGGCAAAAGUUUAAAAUUAAAAACUUAAUUUUUCAAAUCGGUUUAACAACUGACGUAGUUUUUAGGUGACAAACAAAAAAAAAAUACAAACGAAUCGAGAACCUUCUACUUUCGGUUGAAAAGAUAGAAGACUCGAAUUAAAUCCAAUUGAACAAAUGACCGGCUAAAUGAUAAAAAGUGAUAACCGUAGCCUGUAAACAUGAACAGCGCUAUAGACGUUACAGAAUAUACUGCGAUACCCAUGUUACUUUUCAAGUGUUGCCAUUCCUAGGGACUAUGGAGUUUGUUAGAUCCCUAGGGAUCCCUUCCAUCUUAGAGAUUACUUAAAAAAAAAAAUUACAAAUGCGGUCACUUGCAAACCAUUACAUAAAGUGAGAAUUCUUUUCUAUCGCUUUUCUCAAGAGCGACAAUGAAGCAUACGGCCCACCUGAUUGCAACUAGACUCGCGUCGUCCUUUUAAUAUUACUCAGCCGUCAAUUGCUUUAUUACUGACCACGGCUGUAAUGCGCUAUUAUAGAACACGUCACAGGAUGGUAAAUCCAAUUGUGCGUAGGUGGUCGUGAUAAUGAUCUUCCUCCGUCGUUUGGCCAUACUCUCGUAUCCCGUUGUUUAUCAAGGUAGAAGGUAUACGGUCAAAAAGACACGAAUAUAUUGAUCUAAGAAAAAUUUACGUCUGCAUUUUGAUGUUUGUCCUGAGCCUAUCGUAACGAUAAAAAGGAAAAAGUUUUAUUGUAACUUUUUUUUUUAUAUAAAACAAUAAAAACAAUAUGGACGACAAUCUUUGAAUGAGCAGUAAUCGUGUUUUGUGAAUUAACCCGCUAAUGAUGCUUCGUUUAUACAUAACCUUAGCCUUAAACUCUGUGUCAGCUUGUGUUCAUACAAAAUCAUAUUUUAAGUUUGUAAAAAAAUUGUUACUGCUACGGUAAUGUUGGUUGACAGGCCUCCAAGUGUGGAAGGUUUUGGGAGUGUGCUGAAAUAACAAGACAGUUAUCGAAUUUAACUAUUUUUUUAUUUGAUUUAUUUGUUUAUGUGAAAUUAAAUUAUAUAAUUCAUUUAAAGUGUGACUUCAAUAAAAUUGUAAUUAAUUAAAGUGUUAAUGAUUGUGAUAUUUUAUAUAAAGUAAUUAAUUAUAACUGAAAAAAGAAAUACAAAUGGAUUACAUUAGCAAAAAUAGACGUUUCAAUCCGCAGAGCCCGAGCAGGAAAAAGCUACUGAUAUGUUUCUCUAUAGGAAUCAGUAGCUUAAUAAUAGGAAUUGUGCUGAUGACCAUUGAUCCUGUUUUAAUCAUAGCUCAGUAUAUAAGUCGCGUGGCCAAAGACACUGUAGUUCAUAAAGCGCUCUCAAACGAGAUGUCCGGAGUAUUCGUUGACACGUAUUUGUUCAACGUGACUAACCCUGAGGAGUUCUUGUCUGGGGAGCAUGACAAGUUGAAGGUGGAGGAAGUCGGCCCAUUUACUUAUCAAGAAAUACGUUCGCAAGAGGAUUUAGAGUUGGUACCUGAGGCGGGCCUGAUGAGGUACUCUCCUCGGACUAAAACUGUAUUCGUACCUGAGAAGUCAAUAGCACAUCCCAAGGACGUCAUGGUCACCAUGCCAAAUAUUGCUUACUUGAGCAUGACUUCAAUGGUCAGUACAAUGCCCUUCUUCACCAAAAUGGGCUUCAACCUGUUGGCGAUGCGACUCAACUCUCAGUCUAUAAAGACGAUGACUGUAUUCGACUACUUGUGGGGCUAUAAGGAAGAUCUCAUUACGCUCGGCAACAACUUCCUGCCCGGCUGGAUCGGUUUUGGUAAAAUGGGAAUAUUGGAUAGGAUGUACGACAACACAGUGGACUAUCGUAUCGAUUUGGGCGCCACUAACGAUGACAAGUUUGAAAUAAAAAAAAUGAACGGCAGAGAUCGACUUACUGUAUGGGACGAUAAGGAUCCUGAUAAAAGAUCCAAAUGCAAUGAGUUUCACAACGCCUACGAGGGUAUUGCAUAUCCGGCAAAUAUGAACCCAGAAAAAGAGAUCAGGAUAUACAGAAAUGUCCUUUGUCGAUUUCUGGAGCUGGACUUCGUUGAGACUAGACCCAUGGAACGAGGCGUCGACGGUCUGGUGUACAGGAUAAGCAAUAGAACGUUUACACUGAAUCCUGACACGGAAUGCUUAUGCAGGAGAGGAAUGUGUAUUGAAGGAAUAUCAGAUUUAUCUCCAUGUUUUUAUGGACUCCCGUUAUCUCUAUCCGCCGCUCACUUUACUGGAGCUAACCCUAAACUGUACGAUCGUAUUGAAGGGAUGAAACCAGAUCCUAAGCGGUUUUCGAGUGAGUUUAUUAUUGAGCCGAAAAUCGGUAUGGUGCUGGACACAUUUUUCUCUGUGCAAGUGAAUAUUGUAAUGAGAGACGUCCGGUUCAACGACCUGGCCAAGAAGUUCGCUGAUAUUGUUAUACCGGUUGCGUUUUUCACAAUUUACCAACCACCGUUGACAAAAGAAAACCAUCAAACUCUGCAACUUAUGUACAUCAGUGGACCUUACAUCACUCUGGGUGUUGCCAUCACGCUACUUCUACUAUCCGCUGUGACGUUAUCAUACUGGAUACGCAUGAUGUACUGGAACUGGCUGUGCAGACAGGACAGAGGCAUCGCCUUCCAAACCCCAAGCACUUCAAAACUUAAGGGAGGAUUUUUAACAUCGGCUUUGCCUCUUUUACGCUAAGAUAACUAAGAUAAAUCGUAAUAAGUCUGUCCAGCAUUUUUCGAUGACCAACGUAACGCAGUGGUGAGCCUGCUCUACGUGAAUGGGGUCCCAGGUUGGAUAUGCAGUCGGGGCAAUUUAGGAAACAAAUUUAUCACUAUUGACCCGAGUAUUGGUGUUUUGGGCUGUGACUCCAGAUGUUUGUUGCCUGGUACUUUAUAACACAGGGUAUCUUAGCUUGAGAUGCAAGCUAUUUUUGUGAUUGUAACUGAUUGUACAUUAUUACUAUUGAUUUUGUAAAAUGGCUGAUAUUUAUAAGUAUUAUAUCGAAGACAGGAACUGCUAUUGAUAGGUACAUAUUUUACAUUGUUGUAUCAGUCAUUAAUCGUUCACUGCUGAACAUACCCUUCUCCAUAAGGAGGGUUUUCCCAGUAGGUGCUACGCUUGGCUGGCGAGUUGGCAAUUGCAGUUUGGGUUUUGGUGAUGUUCUAAGAGGGACGCUACUGCCCGUCCCUCCAAUUUAAGCUUCCUUAAUCGUCUCUUACGAUACUCACGGGAAAAGAAGGUGUGGCCUAUCCUAUGUGGGGAUCUACACGGCGAUAUAUAUUUACAUUACAGGGAAGAAAGUAUUUAGACAGGCACACGUGUCCAAACUACUAAAUGCCUUUAAUAUUGUGUAGGUGUGUGGUAGGUUCUUAGGUUAUUUUAAGUAUCUAUUUAGACAUAGGAUGACUGAAAUAGCAGAUGAAACAUAUUUCGCGGACAUACAAUGUUUUCCAGGAGUUCUCCCGUAGAAGCUUUGUUUUUAUACCACGAAGGUAGCAAACAAGGAUACAGCGCGUCUGAUGGUAAACGGUCACUGUAGUAUGUGGACGCCUGCAACACUAGGGGUGUCACGUGCACGUUGCCGAUCCUGAAGAAACCUUAAUACGUCUUUCUUGAAGAACCCCAUACUGUAGUCUCUAGGGAACACCUCGGCAGGGAGCUUAUUCUACAGCCUGAGCAUUCGCAGGAGAAAAUUUCUUUGAAACUGCACUGUACACGACCAGGUUUGAGCGUGUAAGGAUGAAUUCCUUGUCGAUGACGAGCGGUGCGAUGGUAAAAUUAUUUCGAACAUUAUUAUUUUGGAAUCGAAAUAUGGGUCGAUAAAAAAUUAUUAUUGCAUCGAAUUAUACAGUAAAAGGACGGAGAAAGGAAGAUGGUACACGUGCAGUCGGAUGAAAAAAUAGACCUGUUUUUGGUAAAUCAUUUGUGUAUAAUGAAAUUAUGCUUAUAAAAAAUGAGGAAAAUG